AAGGACCAAUAGUUACUAAGCGCUCAGUGAGCGCUUUGUUUUCUGAACGCAACCAAUAACUAAACGCUUAGUAAACAGCUAUUUCUGCUAAACGUGGUCGUUGUGUGCUUUGAUUAUAAACAGGAAACUUAAUAUUUUAAUAUCGAAAUGGAUCACGAGGAAACAAAGAUUGACGAUAACACCGAAUCCUUCGAUUGUGACAUGGAGAACGAAAGCAUGCAACCCAAGAAAAAAACUAUUAAUACAAACAAAGUAGUGAAAUCUGGCAAAAAGGUUAAGAGAGGAAUAAUAUAUUUGUCCACAAUUCCAAAAUUUAUGAAUGUUACGACGAUUCGAGAAAUAUUUUCAGAAUAUGGGAAAGUGGAUAGAGUAUAUUUACAGUUAAAUAAAAAUGAAUUACAUUCAGUUAAACUUAAGAAACAGAAAAAGGCAAUCAAAUACUUUACCGAAGGUUGGGUGGAAUUUGAAAGCAAAAAGGUAGCCAAAUUUGUAGCAGCAACACUAAAUAAUACACAAAUAUCUACAAGAAAAAAGAGCAAGUUUUAUGAUGUUAUGUGGAAUAUAAAAUAUUUACACAGGUUCAAAUGGAUUCAUCUGAGUGAACGUUUAGCAUAUGAACGUGCAGUUCAUAAGCAAAGAGUUUUAACUGAGAUUGCACAAGCCAAGAGAGAAGUCAAUUUCUUCUCGUAUAAUGUAGACAGGAGUAAAAAAUUACGUAAGAAGAGUGAGAAAGGAGAAACAACAGUUUUCAAAUUACCGGAAGUUAAACAAAGGGAUACCGAUGCAGAAAUAAGAAACAGGAAAGCAAAAGCACAUGUAGAAGACAGGACAGAAUUUCUUAAAUCAAUAUUUACAUAAAAGACUUAAGAUUUAUAUUUAAUUUUGGUUUAGUCAAAACUUAAAAUGAUUUCAUUCUGAGUUUUGACUUUAAAAUUUAAAAAAUGUAACGAGAGAAGGUGGUAAAUAAAAAAAU